AUGGUAUCUGUACUGACUGUAGUGAGCUGCUCCAGACAGUAUGAAGAGGGACGCCCAAAGCCUGCACUGACCCGGGAGCCUGCAGGAGAGAUAUUUGAAGGAGACACGGUCACCCUGAGCUGUGUGGUUGAGGGGGGCUCUGGAGGCUGGAGAUAUCUCUGGUACAAAGACAGGCAGGGAGCUCCAGUGUACCAGCCUGACAGCAGCAGUGGAACUGGAGCCGGAUACACAAUCAGUGCUGCUGCUCUGUCCCACAGUGGAGAGUACUGGUGUGGAGCUGGACGGGGCAGGAACACAUCUUACUCACAAUACAGCGAUCCCAUCUGGGUAAAUGUAACUGCUCUGUUCUCCAGGGUGACUCUGACAGCAUCUCCAGGAGCCACAGUGAAGGAGGGAGAGGCUCUUAACCUGACCUGUGAGGCAGCAGUGAACAAAACCCCCCGCCCUGAACUCCACUACACCAUUGUGAGAGACGGGGAGCCUGUGACUAACAGCACUGACUCUGCGCUGUACAGCAUAGCCAGCACUGAGAAGAUCCACACUGGGAGCUACACGUGUGCUGUGGAGUCACAGGGAGUGAGGAAGAGCAGCCAGGAGCUACACAUUGAACUGCAAAGGCUGUGCACGCUGGGGGCGGUCGGGUGCUUCAUGGCUGGAGUGCAGCUGCUGCACAGCCGGGUGGAGCUGCUGGAUGGGGGGUCGCGGGGAGGGGUGCAGUUCAUGACGGCCGCGCUGCUCAUCUGUGUGUCCUGGUCCAGCCACAAGGAGUACUCAUACAUGCAGGCCUACAGGGUCGCCUGA